AUUGUCAAUCUGUUUCUUUAAAAAAGAUAUUUCGCGACAAGAUUGUUAUUAUUUAUUGUUGAUUCAUUGAUUAUCGAACUGUCAAGAAACAAAGAAAGCCGAAUGCGCGGACGUGUACCUACUACUUUGCGGCACGUUGUUGAUCGCUCUGUUUGUUGAUGACGAAUGAUAGUUUUCACUUGAAACCUCCCUGUAAUGACGAAGGAGUGAAAUCUAAUUGUUAUUACUAAAAAAUCUCUUUGAAAACAUCAUGAAGCGAACACUCGAAGAAGAUAUUGAUAAUUAUCUCUCAGAAAAAAAUCCACUUGUCUUUUUGGACAUAGCGAUUGGCGAAGAAAAAGUGGGACGUGUCGUCAUUGAACUCUUCCAAAAUUUAGCGCCACGAACAGUUGAAAAUUUUCGAGCACUAUGUACUGGAGAGAAAGGAGUCGGAAUAAACGGAAAGAAACUCUGUUACAAAGGAUCUAUUUUUCAUAAGAUUGUAUCACAAUGCAUGAUCCAAGGCGGCGACAUAAUAAAUUACGAUGGAACCGGUGGGGAAAGUAUAUAUGGUCCACAUUUUGAAGAUGAGAGUCUCAAAACUCCUCACAUCAUUCCGGGUCUGGUUAGCAUGGUAAACGAAGGACGACCACAUUCAAACAGUUCACAAUUUGUUAUCACUGUAAUGUCCUGUCGCCAUUUGGACGAUAGAAACGUUGUUUUCGGAAAAGUUGUAAGAGGCCUAGGUGUCAUUAUGGAAGUAGAAAAAAUUCCAACCACAAAUCAUGUACCAUACGAGAAAGUUACAAUUAUUGAUUGCGGAGAGUUAAAAAGAGGAGAGAGUUUGGGGUUGGAAGAAGAUGAUGGAACCAAUGACGUAUUUACCCCUUGGCCUGAUGAUUGGUAUUACGAAUCUUGUGUCGAUAAACUUACUUAUAAAUACGUUCAGAACGUAAUAAAUCAAAUUAAAAAUUCGGGAAACUUGCACUUCUCAAAAGGCAUGUAUUCGAAUGCGUCUAGAAAGUACAAAAAGGCUUUAAGAUACUACGAUUGGCUAAUGAAGUUAGAAGACUUACCGGAUAAGCCGGACGAAUCUUUUAAGAGGCAAAAGAUAGCCUUGCAGUUGAAUCUUACAGCUGUGAAAUUGAAAGAAUACAAGUACAGGGAUGCGCUGGAAAUCUGCAAUCAGGUCUUAGCAGUCGACGAAAAUAACAGUAAAGCUCUAUUCAGAAGAGGUCAGGCUCACCUGGGACUAAACGAACAUGAAUUAUGCCUUACAGAUCUCACAAAAGCAAACCAAGAAUGUCCCAACAACAAAGACAUAUUGCGGGAAAUAGAUAAAGUGAAACGAGUAAUGACUUCGUACUUAGCAGUAGAGAAAGCUGCUUGCAAAAGGAUGUUUUCGUGAAAAAAAACUAUUGUACAUAAUGAAG